AUGGGCGGUGGUGGCGGCGGCGGCAGUACAAUUGGCGGCGGCAGUGUGCUAGGUCAUGGCACGCUCAUGAGCACGACUGGCAAUAGUACGGUUGGCGGCAGUGGUAUGCACGGUGUUGGGGCUCCUCCUGGCAGUAUAAUGCAUGGUGGUGGUGGUGGCGGUAAUGGUGGCAUGAAUAAUCCUGGUAAUGUUUAUGGCAAUGGGGGUGGUGGCCCCGGCGGCGGUAAUGGCGGCAAUCAGGGACCACCCGGUUCGAUGGUAGACUCGCGUGCUGUGGCCGUGGUAGUUUCGUUGCCGGGCGGGCCUGGUGCCCAGCAUCCGGGUCAGGCAUUAAGUGAUUAUGGUCCUAUAUAGUUAAUGGUACGACCUGAUACAAACCAUUGGGUAUCCACAAGUAGUUUUAGUCAAUUGUAAGGAGUUUUCUUCGUAGGAGUGUGAUAGAAUAGUUGUAGGGCUUUAGAAAUGUUAACAUAACACUUGGAGGAAAUUGUUUGAUUUAAAGUCUCAAAGUAAAUUAAAAAUUUAAAAGAAUUUUUUCACUUAUUUUAGUAAAUUUUUAUAAUUUUCGAAAUGAUUUAGAGUAUUAAUUUCAUCAUAUUACUAAUAAAAUUUAAU